UUUUUAUUAUUCUAAACAAUUAGUUUUAAAGAGUUUUAAACAUUUUUAAUUAUUCACAUAAUUAAAAUUAGGUGUAUAUAUUAAAUAAACAUAAUUUUUUAUUUUUGAGAAAAUUAAUAUUUCUGAAAUAUUUCCCAACGGAUAAAGUAGAACUAAUAUUGUGAUCAGCUGAUAUCACAAAACUCGAUAAAAAUGACGUGACAUAAAUAAAAAGGGGAAUCACAGUUAAAAAAAAAUUUAAUUAAAAUCGUCACAAUCACGUUGUCAAUCUGUGAAUUUUGUAUUAAAUACAUCCAUACAUAGAUAAAUUUGUUUACAAUGUGAAAUGAUUUCUUUGAAAGAAACAACAAAAUCAGACAUGAGUAAUUUCAAUACAUUGGAAGCUUCACAAGAAGAGAAUUUUCCUUCGCAAUUUGCUCUUCAAGUUGCUUUUCAAACAAUGAAAGAACGUUGCCAACAUUUACAAGCAAGAUUAGCUUCUGUUGAGGAAGAAAAUAUUCGUUUACGAUUAGAAUGUGGUAAAGAAGUAGCUGCAAUUGCUGAAAAAAGUCGAAAAGAUACUAAAGAUGAAAUUUCAAUUUUAAAAGAAAAAGUCGAAGAAUUAACAAAACAAAAAUCACAAUUGAAUCAUCAUAUUUUCAUGGUGGCUGCUGAAAAUCGUCAAUUAUGGAAUAGAUUAACAAGAUUAACUAGAGCUAAUAAAUCAUUAGGAAAUCAAUUAACAAAAAUUUCAGAUACCCUUAAAAAACAUCCACCAACUGAGCCAACGGAUAUUUUAUCAUAUAGUUUCAAAGAGACUUGUAUUGAUGCACCGGAAGUUAAUAAAUGUCUCAUUUCAACGGAUGGUAUUAAAGAUCAGAGUCUAGAAGAGAUUUCUCUUAGGCUAAUUAAUAGUAUAAUGUUGGAGAAAUGUGAAUUAGAAAAACAAUACGCAGAGAUGGUAGAAUUACAAAGUGAUUCGCAGGUGAAUUUACAAAAUGUCGGCUUCACUUAUCCAGAGGAUGUUGAUACAGAUUCUUUGGAACAAUUAAAAGAUCAUGACAGUAGAUUAUCGCAGACAAAAGAAAUACUUUUAAGCCAACAGGCAAGAUUAAAGAGAAUCGUAGGAAAAAUUAAGACCUUAAAGAAAGGAACAAUGUGUCCAAUGUGUCGGAAAAAUGCUAGUAAAAUUUUGUGUCAAACAGGUACACAAAUUGAUUUAGACAUUAGUAUAAAAGAGAAUCUUAAAUUAAAAACAAAUUUAUCUUCUGAUAAUUUAAGUGAACGUAGUUUAAAUUCAGAGGAAAGUAAUUUAAGCAAUAAAAUAUGUCCCUUAUGUGGUGAAUCUUAUGGAAAAUCCAUUUCGUUCACUGAAUUUCAUGAACACGUAUUAAGUCAUUUUAGUAACGAAGACAUGGAAGUUGUACAUUAAAGAAAAAAGAAACAGACAUUAUUCCAAAUGACUGCAAAAAUUAUAAACAAAAAAAAAACAAAAACUGAUGAAUAAAUCAGUAACUCACGUACCUUGAAAAAAAUUAUUCAAUAAUAUUAUUUAAAAACAAAAGAAGAUAUUUUUUUAAAGAAUUGUACAAACUCGAAAAAUAGUGUACAAAUUCUUUUAUUAAUAGCAAAAAUAAAUUCAAUGAUUUAUUAUUCGAAGUAUUAGGGAAAAAAAAUUUAAAUAGAUGAUUGAAAUAUUUAAAUUUAUAGACACUUAUUUGGAACUUAUUAACCGAAAAAAUAAAAUUUAGUAUUAGUAUUAGUUAAGGAUUAAUAAUAAGCUUCUAUAUGUACGUGAUUUCUAUUUAUUUUUUAUACUUUACAAAUAUAUGGACAAUUCUUGAAAAGCUAAAUAAAUUUCAACUUUAUAUAAAAAUCUAAUUUUUUUUUU